ACUUAGCCCCAUCCGACAGCACACGCUUUCAGACCCACUCAAACCACAUUAAAAUGGCAUUCAAGUUUUUCGCCCUCUUCGCCCUGGUCGCCGUCGCCAGCGCUAGUAUCCUACCCGCCGCCCAGGUCUACCAUGCGGCACCCGCCGUGGCCACCUACGCCGCCCCUGCUGCCGUCGUCAAGACGAUUGCGCCUGUGGCCCAACACGUUAUCACGAAGGCUGCCGAGGAGUACGACCCCCAUCCCCAGUACAAGUACGCCUACGAUGUGCACGAUUCCCUCUCCGGCGACUCCAAGAGCCAGGUGGAGGAGCGCGAUGGCGAUGUGGUCCGCGGCGAGUACUCGCUGGUGGAUGCCGAUGGUUACAAGCGCACCGUCCAGUACACCGCCGAUCCCAUCAACGGCUUCAAUGCUGUGGUCAACCGCGAACCCCUCGUCAAGGCUGUGAAGACCAUUGCCGCUGCUCCAGUGGUUGCCCACUAUGCUGCUCCUGCUGUGGUCAAGACUGUCGCCCCCGCUUACCACACCUAUGCCGCCCCUGCUCCAGUCGCCCACUAUGGCCCGGCGGUUGCCUACCAUCAUUAAGUGUGUUAAUUCUACCGCAGAUCUGUUAUGUCUUAAAGUAAAUGAAUAAAUUG